AUGUCCGACUGGAAGCACCUCAUAAAUGAAUGGCUAAGUGAAUAUGCAUCAUUACAAGAUAAUGAAAUAAAAAGCUUUGCAGCAGAGCAUGAGCAUAACCAUGAGAUAGCAACUGCCAUUUUUAACCUGUUCUAUCGUGAAGACGACUCUGAGACCGCUAAUGCCAAGGAAAAGGAAAAUGAGGCACAGUAUGAACAGAUGCUAGAAAAUGUCUGCGUUCAGCUAUUUAGUUUUUAUAGGUCUAAAGAAGUUGAGUUACAAAGAUUUACUCUGCAGUUUGUACCAACUCUUAUCUAUACAUAUCUCAGCUCAGUGGCUCAGGGUAAUAAGAAGUCUUUGAGAUGUAUUGAAACUCUGCUGAUUGGUUUAUACAAUUUUGAAGUGGUAGAUGAAGCAGGAAAACCUAGAGUAGUAUCAUUUAGAAUGCCAUCUUUAGCCCAAGCAUCUAUUUAUCAUGAGCCCCUCACACUAGGCGCCCAAUUUCUGACAGAAAGUGCUUUAAGGAGAUGGGAAGAAUGCAACACGAAACUCGUGACCUGGGGUCCUCUUCCACAAGUAGAUGUCAUCAAUGCACAGAAUCGACCCAAAGUGAUGGCUGCACUUUACUUCAUUUAUAACCGGCACUUGAGUUUAUUGCCCAAAUUAGCAUUGAGACAUUUUUGUAUUGCAGCCUCCAGAAUAGUUACUCAGGGAUUCCAUAAAAAAUUGGGCACUGCAUCAAGUUCAACCAAAAAUACACCAAGAAUUCCAGUUUCAAGCAACCUGUUGUUGGAGAUGGUACAAGGAGCAUACUUUGCAAUGUUCAACGAGUUCUAUACAUUAGCUUUUCAAGCAGUUAAAGACAUAGAUCAAAGGGCUCAAUAUGAGCUAUUUCCUGAUGUCAUGUUGGUUACAAGUGCUGUCAUAAACUCCUUAAAGAAUAAUCCAUCAGGUCAACCAUGUGAUGGCCCAAUGGGCAUCAGUGUGGCGCUCUCGCCAGCCACGACAACGGUUACUAUGUCCAAGUCUAUGAUUACUAAUGCAUCCUUCCGGACAAAGAAACUGCCAGAUGACAUUCCCAUACAAGCCGGUCAAGCAGUGCCCACUGAGUCGACCGACAUGCUGACAUCGAUCACUGAGGAGGGCGAGGCGGACUCCGCGCCCAUCCAGCGCGGCGCCGGCAUCCGCAGCUCCAAACAGAAGCUGGCCGGGUUCACGGUGCUCGGCAAAAAGACCAAAGACGCUAAAGACAAACCUGCUACCGAUAAGAAAGUAACCCUCAAAGAGACUUCCAAAGGUAUCUGGAAUUCUAUCAGUGGAGGAGGGGACAUGGUUGAAACACAGACGAAAACGAGCUCCGUCGAUAUAACAGACGCGAAUGGUAGUAUAAAAGAUGACAAAGCCUCCUUAAACUCCGCCCAUAAUAGUACUGAGACUUCCGACAGUCGGUCGCAAGUCACCACCGACUCUCUGGACAUGGAGACUACUCCCCGUUUCGCCGCCAUGCAAGUUAGUUCUGUGUAAUUUGACUACAUCGGGAUACAAUGGUAACCGUGGUUAUUCGUAUACUUACUUACUCGUAAAAUGAAUUUAUUAAACUAUUUCUGAAAUAAA